GGACCAUUUGGCAAUGUCGACAUGGUGUACAUUGCGCCGCCUCAAUCGCUCUUGCACCUCUACCAGCGCAUGACAACCGCGCUGGCCAAUUUGACGUUUCAUGACGUGGCAGCCCAAGAAGCGUUCGUAGCACUGCCGCUCAAAUUGUACAUUGGUCAGCAGCCAGCGUCGUUUGUCGGCAAUAUGACAUUACGCAGUGUCGGGGGCAGUGUCUUUUGCGGCGACGACGUCCAACCGUUCUCCCCGUCGCUCGGCCUCGCGCUGCCAUUUAGUUUUGAUACGGUCUGUCACUGGUGGUCGCCCGACUUCUUCACCCCGUCGCCCACCGAGCUUUUGUUUGCGCUGGCUGCGUACACGCUAUCGCUGCCGCCGUUGCAAGGACCGGAGCUACGUUUGCUCUGCGCCCACGACAUUUAUGCCGAGCCCAACUGCGAAGCUAUCUACGAGGCGUCGCUGGCCUUUCUAACACAGUACUCAACGACCUUUGCUCCACUUGUGCCGCUUGUGGCGACAACCACCGUGGAAACCCUGCGUCUCGACCUUCAACUGGUUCAACUGGUCACCACGACCACUUCAAAUCGCGGGGUUGAGCUCUUCUCGCAGGGUCUUUUCAACGUCACGAGCCCGCGUGAUGUGGCGUGGACGUUCUUUAGUUGGUGUUACCUCUAUGAGUGGGUCGUGGCGCGGCGCGAAGUCGUUUCGUUCGUUGGCGAUAUUGGACAUAUUACGUCCAUCUCGGCGGUUGUCAACCCGCUCACGCUGUCGCUCGAUGCGCAAGAGAUACCAACGUACGUGAGCUUUUCGAGCUUGGCGUGCGUUUUUUACCUGACGUGCGUCAUCUCUUGCAUCACGUCGAUCACCGUGCUGUACGUCCUUGCCGUGCGCUUGGACGUCGAGCCGUGGAACCUCUACCAAAUCAACCGCGUCGUCGGCCACGUGUAUGUGGGCCGCAGCCUCCUUAUCGUGCGAAGUGCGACAGCCCUCUGGCUCCUCAACACGUCGCGACUGGAGCUCGCUCGCUUUGGCGUCGGUACUCGGCUCGACGCACCGCGUUUGGACCCGAUCAAGGUCGCCCUCGGCGCGGGCGAGCUCACAUGGCUCGUGUACCUUCUCAACGACGUGCUCAGCGUCGCAACGACCGCCCACACGGUGCGCUACGCACUCAAAAGCACCUUGUGUACGUGGAUCGUCUCGGUCGUCGUGGCAGUUGUGUGGCCGCAAGCCUACACCGCGUCGAUUGCUCCCAACUGCGCCUAUGUCAAUAUGGACCAGCUGCUCGUGUGUCAGCGCGCGACCGUCACGAUUGGCCGCUGGAGCGGGGUGCGCUGGAACCUCGGGUUCGUCGUCUGCAGCGUCCUGGGCUUUGCGUUGCUCGAGCAGCGCCGACGAGGCGCACCGCCAACGCCACCGGCCGCCGCCUCGUGCCACCUCAACUCGACCGCGUACUACAUGUUGUACGUGUGGUCCGUUGACGACACGGUGACGUACAUGGACCGCGCGUCGGCGUUUCUCGCCGGCCUCGUGUCGCUGCGAUGGCGACAACGCAUGCUCGUGUUUGACGUCAAGCGCUGGUGCUGUUAUGCGUACGACCUGGAGGCGUACCCGCCGCUCUCCCCGUUGCGGCAGAUCCACGCAGCACUGGCGCUGCAUGCACUUCCGUCGAUCGACUAAUGCGCUUGCUAAUUUGGAUUCGAAC